GUUAUAUUCUGUACUGGUGUGGUUUGGGGCUAGGGGAAGCCUCACCCUGCAGCUGUGUAUCUUUGACAAAGCAUAUGAAGGGAAUCCUAAUGGGUAAUAUGUGACACCCCUGUCGCGUGCCUAAUGGGUAAUAUUUAACUCACUUCCUUGUUUGUCAAAAUAACAUCUCACAAAGUUAUAUUUUGGCGGUGAACUGUCACUUUAAGUCUGCAUAAAGCAUUUUAUUACAUGUUCCAUCACCACUACUUGUUGAAAACAGACUUGUUGGUGUGAGUAUCUGUGGCAGGGUGUGAGUAUCUGUGGCAGGGUGUGAGUAUCUGUGGCAGGGUGUGAGUAUCUGUGGCAGGGUGUGAGUAUCUGUGGCAGGGUGUGAUUAUCUGUGGCAGGGUGUGAGUAUCUGUGGCAGGGUGUGAGUAUCUGUGGCAGGGUGUGAGUAUCUGUGGCAGGGUGUGAGUAUCUGUGGCAGGGUGUGAGUAUCUGUGGCAGGGUGUGAGUAUCUGUGGCAGGGUGUGAGUAUCUGUGGCAGGGUGUGAGUAUCUGUGGCAGGGUGUGAGUAUCUGUGCUGACUCAGCACAGAGUUUUCUGUUCACCAUGAAGCAGUGUGAACCACCUUUUUAACACUAUCGUACCGACCCAAACUGCUGGCUCUGAGCACAUUGUCCUUUUCAGCAUGGUGCCAUCAAAUCUGGUGUGUUCAUGACCAUGCCAGCUCCGUACAGCUUGGUUGGUCUCGGCCCAGUUUGGGUCAGUAGUGUGAAAAGCCUGUAACAGUGCUGUUGUUCCCAGUCCCAUAUAGAGGUAAUCUGCUAUUGUGCCUGCGGUAUAAAUGAAGGAAAGGGUCAAAUAUAAACCAUAUUAAUUAAUCUGUGUUUUACUAACUACGCAGUUAAAUUGAUCUACAAGUUCUAUCAAUCACCAGGUGUCUCUUGUCUUCAGAAAGGGGAUGUUAAGUUAUUACCAUAUUGCUUAAAGGGAUGGUCCACUCAAAAUAAAAUCUACAUGAUUUUUCCAUUUACCUUGGCUGUAGUCGAUUCCCGAAGACUAUUUUUGGAUAAGGCAUUUGAAAAGUCUGUAUUCCUCAGAUGUACACAAGGGUGGAAGGGUUACUGGCUAGGGUUUGUAAUUUAUAGUACAUAAAGUAUAGGGGAGUUUUCUUUGGAUUCUUUUCAACCUUCACUGGAACGAGGAGGCAAAUGUCCAUUAAAUCUAAUGGCUCUGGUCCCUAUGGUCAGUUAAAAUCUUAACUCCGACUCCCAUCUGGAUGCAAUGCCUGGAAAAAUACUUUUUCUUUUUACAUGGAAACUGUAUUCAAGCCAGGUAAUCAAAAACAAACAGUGAUUUGCAAUGAGCUGUGCAGUGCCUGUCCGCCCCAUUGCCUGGGGCCCUUUUGUAGAGAAUACACUGUCAUCCUGUAUAGAAGCUUUGCCCAGGUUCGCUCCUAUAGACAACUAUGAACAGGAACAGGAAUGACAUUAUUUCUGCUUAUCACUGUUUGUUGGCAUGGCCUCCCCGCAGAUCUCGCAGGCCAGAGCCUGAGGGGGUUUUACAGUACAAUGACGUCCUGAUUCAGGCUUCCCUGAAUUCCCUCGCCAUACAAACACAGACGGAAAACAUCUUUCCCUGGAGUAUCAUCAACUCGCCAUCUCUGUUCUCUCCAUUAAAAGUGACAGUGUUUUUCCCUGCAACACUCUCGACAUGCCAAUAUGCAGCCACUCCCCUUUUCCUUUGGACUUCCAGAACUCCACAUGGCACGUCUGUAAAAACAGAAGCUGGAGAGUUCAGAUGCAUGGUGAGUAUGCAUGGAGCUUGUCCGUCGAGAGAGAGAGAGAGAGAGAGAGAAGAAUGCCAGUGUGACUCCUGGUGAAAAGAAAGGGUUAAAUCUCUCUCUUUUAGUGUGCUCUAUGGUCCUUGUGUCCCAGAGGGUGCAGCACACUGGGAGGACGACAAUGCCCCUUCAUCUGCAACCCAGACACCUCCUGCCUCUUCUUCUCCAUGUCAUUCUACUCUGCCUUCAUGCAACUGCCUGGCCCCACGAUUCCAGAGGUGUGGUGGAUGACAAGUGUCCCAGCUCAGAGUGGAACCACAUGUGUAGGGACUGUUGUGAGUACCAGCUGAUCCAGUGUAGAUGUCCUUCCCAGGGGGCACGGGUGGGCUACUCCGUCCCCUGCUGCCGCAACCAACUGGACCAGUGUGACCCCUGCAUCAUCCACCCUGGCUGCAGUCUGUUUGAGAACUGUAAAACCUGUCACAAUGGGACGUGGGAGGCCAAGGAUGAUUUCUUCAUCCGAGGGAGAUUCUGUACGGACUGUCGUCAGGGCUGGGCAGGUGGAGACUGCAAGACUUGUGGAGGGGUGAUUCGUAGAGCCCAGGGCCACAUCAUGCUAGAGAGUUACCCCAUCAAUGCGCACUGUGAGUGGAGGGUGCAGGUAGAGAAAGGGGAGAACGUGGAGCUCAGGUUCUCCAUGCUUAGUCUAGAGCCUGACCACAACUGUCACUAUGACUACGUGGAGCUGCGAGAUGGUGACAGCCUGAGCUCCCCCGUCAUUGGCCGGUUUUGUGGGAAUGAGCUGCCUCCACCAAUCAGAACCUCUGGAAGCAGGCUGCACGUCCUGUUUGUCUCAGAUGGCUACAACAACUUUGAUGGCUUCUUCGCCGCUUUUCAGCAGAGCUCAGCGUGCAGCCCCUCCCCUUGUCAGCACCAUGGAACCUGUUUGCUGAACCCAGUACAGUCUUUUCGCUGUGCAUGUCUGCCAGGCUACACAGGGCAACUGUGUGAGAAUGAGCCCAUUCGACCCAGUCAGAGGGGUGUAGACCCAGUCAGAGGGGUGCAGACCCAGUCAGAGCCCGUUCGACCCAGUCAGAGGGGUGCAGACCCAGUCAGAGGGCUCGGGGUGUGUCCUCCUCCUGCCAGGCUGCACCAUGGCUACUUCCAGCUGGUCCGGGGCUCUGGAGGAGGUCCUGACACAGUGGACUACUUCUGUAACCCCUCCUACAUCCUGAGUGGAGGCUCCCGGAGCACCUGUCUCCCAGAUGGCUCGUGGAGUGGCCGGCAACCACUGUGUGUGAGAGCCUGUCGAGAGCCUAAGGUAUCUGAGCUGGUGAGACACAAAGUUGUGAAGCCAAAGGCCCCAUCCAGGAAAGGUCCAGUCCACAGGCUUCACACCUCAUCCAGGCAUACGGUCUAUGACAGUCACCCCCCUGGCAUGGACCCACCCUCCUCAGGGAACCUCCCCAGCACCCAAGACCCUGUCCUGAGGGAAUUACCCCGUGGUUUCCACCACCUGUCCACUAGCAUAGAGUAUGAGUGUGCCUCCUCUCUCUACCAACACUACGGUAGCCCCCGGCGCACCUGUCUGAAGACUGGCAGGUGGAGCGGGCAUCAUGUCUCCUGCUCGCCAGUGUGUGGUCAACUCCCAGCAGGCUUCAGCCCUCAGAACCUCACUGAGAUUGGAUGGCCCUGGCAUGCAGCCAUCUACCUCCGCUCCCACAUCAUCCGCAGAGCUGGCUCUGGCCUACAGACGGCACCAGAGGAGGCCUACUCUCCCUGGCAGCUGGCGUGCAGUGGAGCACUAGUCACCCAGCUCAGUGUGCUGGUGGCAGCUCACUGCCUGGUGGUGGCAGGAGUGGACAAGCCGCAGUGGGUAGAUCCAGCCAACAUUAAAGUGGUGAUGGGAAUGCACAGCCCGGGCCAGAUGAGGACACUGAAACAACUGCAGGUUUCCUCUGUCCUGGUCCAUCCCAGCUUUGAUCCUGUGACACUGGACUCGGACCUGGCCGUUCUGAAGCUACAGGACAAGGCCAAGAUCAGUGAGCGUGUGCUGCCCGUGUGUCUCCCCAAAAUGCAAGGCGGGGAGGUGACUGCCACACAGGGCUAUGCCACAGGCUGGCUCCUUGCAUCUGACUCAAGGUCCAGUUCCAAACCCAGCCUAGACGCCGAGACAGCCCAGACUGGAGUAGUCAAGCUGGGGGAUGUCAUUCAGUGCGAGAGGCAGUUUGCUCAGAGCGGGGCCCCUGUCACCAUCACUGACAAUAUGCUGUGUGCAAUGCGUCACCCUCUCAAUCCCACCAAGCCUUGUCCCACUGUCAGUGCAGGCAUUACAAUCAUACAAUCUCCUGCCACUAAGCCAUCAUCGGGUCCUUCGGGGGGACAGGGGGAUGAUAGUGUUGUCUGGGAGCUUCUGGCUUUAGAAAGUUUUGGUUAUGAGAAAUGGAACUGUGGCCCAGGGCUUUACACAGUCCAUACCCGGAUAAACAACUUCAAAGACUGGAUACAGAAAAACAUGAAGUAGAUCUCUGAUUUGACUCCAGUCUCAGCCACUCUGUCACCAUCAUUGACAGCCUGUGUUUUUUUCUAACAACUCACUUACUCACUGUUGCCAGUUCCUUGAAACAGAUAACAGGGCUAAGUGCUUGGCAGUGUAUUCGGCUGAGCCAAUUGGAAACUUCCUAAGACGAGAUGUGGGGAGGACAGUCAUCCCUGACACUAUUUACUAUGAUGUACACUGAACAAAAAUAUAAACGCAACAUGUAAAGUGUUGGUCCCAUGUUUCAUGAGCUGAAAUAAAAGAUCUCAUAAAAUGUUC